AUGGAUUUUUUAUAUAAAAUAAAUCAGAAUAGUUUUGAAGGUUUCAAAGAAGAGGAGUUUGACAAUGAAAAUUUAAUUAUAAAAUUAGCAAGUAUUUAUUUCUUUAUUACAAACGGUGUAGGCUCCAAUAACCAAGAUGAAAUUAUGUUAGCUAAAUCCAUUAUAGGUUUCUGGGAGAGAGAUCUAGGAAACCUCGACGUAAAUAAAAAAACUGAGGAAGAUAUUUCUAAAUUACCUAAACUUUUAAAAUUUAAAUUACAUAAUAGUAAAAACUUUAUAAAUAAUUAUAAUGAAAAAAUAAAUGAAAUAAAUAAUAAAAUUCAUCAAUAUUUUAAUAAUAGUACAGAUAAUUCUACUAAUAUAGAUUUAAACACAACUUUUGGAAAUUGGAAUAAUAAUAGUAAUAAUAAUAUUAAUAAUAAUUAUCUCCAUAGUUUAAAUAACGAUAUAAAUAAUAAAACCAUUGAUAAUAGUAACAACUAUAGCUAUAUUUCACAAAAAAAAACUGAGGAUUAUAAACAAAAUAGUCAAUAUAAUAAUCAACGUUUGUAUAAAAAAAACCAUACUAAUAUUAAAAUGAAUAGAACCAUCAAUAAAGGAUACCGUAAUAAGAUAAAUAUUAACAAAAACAAUAGCAUGCUUAAUAUAAAAAUAGUAAUCAACAAUGACAAUAAACGUUACAGCAAAAGAUCUAUUAAGAAGUUCAACCGCAGAUUUGUAUUUUAUGAUGACAAUUGUUAA